UUGUUAUUAUUUGCAAUAGCAUCAGUGGCGCAUAAUGGAAAAAGUGAAAAUGAGCUGUUCAGAAACUGGGGCUCAGCUGCUAGCUCGUCUUGGAAGUCGACCAGAUAUUUCAAAGGUGGAGCCAAUAUUGUUUCCUAUGGGACUUAAAGGAAAAGACGUGUUGGAGCUUUAUGGAAGUGAAGGCUGUGGCAAAACAGAAAUGCUUCUACAUAUAGCCUGCUCCUUAAUUCUUCCUAAAACAUGGAGAGGAUGGAACUUCGGUGGAUGUGGAGCAAGUUUAAUUUUUAUUGAUACAGACUAUAAGUUUUCAAUUCUACGUCUUGUAACUUUAUUGGAAAAAAGAAUAACGCAUUUUGUAGAACACAACCAACAGGUGACUUUGUCUGAAAAUUCAGAAGCAACCUUCAAUCCAACCUCAAGGGAUAUAGAAGUUGUUAUAAAAGAGUCUUUGGAACGUUUGAAUGUUCUUCAGUGUAAAAGCAGCUUACAGCUUCUCGCUACCUUGCAUAGUCUUGAAGCCAGAAUUAGUACCAAUCCUGAUAUCUGUGUGAUUAUGAUUGACAGUAUUUCUGCGUUUUAUUGGCUUGACAGAUGUACUGGAGGGGAAAGUGUGACAGCUCAGGAGACUGUCAUGAAUCUGAUUGUUGACAUUCUCUCGCACCUUGUCAAUGAUUAUAACUUAGUACUUUUGGCUACAAAAUCUGCAUAUUUUAAACGGAAAGUGAAAGAAUCAGAAAAGGGAGAUUGCAUUGGUAUUCUGGACAUGGACCAUUCAGAAUUUCUUUCUCGUAAUUGGUCUCGAUUUGUUAAACACAGACUUAUACUGAAGAAAGACGUCAAUAGUAGUAACGCGGUACAGUUUAGUGUGAACUCGUCAUCUUGGCAGAAAAAGUUUAUUGUUGCUGAAAACGGAAUUUCAAUUGUUUAAUAAGUGAAAAUUAAAUGCUAUU